UAUUAUACAUACUGACAUAAUCAGUCGUCGGCGACAGGCGCUAGCAAGAUGCCGCUCAAUAAGAGAGGUCUGAAGAUCGUGAGCUUGGACGUGCAGGAUGUCAGGUUCCCGACUUCGCUGGGAGGCCAUGGAUCCGAUGCUUUGCACACAGAUCCAAACUACUCCUGUGCCUACGUGACUACGACCACCGAGAACGGCAGUCAAGGCUUCGGACUCACGUUCACAUGCGGCCGCGGCACGGAGAUCAUAGUUCUCACCAUCCGCUCGAUGAAACGGUUCCUACUGGGGAAGAACGCGACCGACAUCUUCGCGGACUUUGCGGGAUUCUGGCGAUCGCUCACCAAUGAUUCGCAAAUGAGAUGGAUUGGCCCUGAAAAAGGCGUUGCUCAUUUAGCGGCGGCAGCCAUUUUGAAUUCCCUGUGGGAUCUAUGGGCCAGAUUGGAGAAGAAACCUUUAUGGAGGCUUCUGACGGACAUGGAACCCGAGGAUCUCGUAUCGACCAUAGACUUCCGUUACAUUACUGAUGUGAUAACUAAGGAAGAAGCCAUACAACUGCUGAAAUUCAAGAGAGUGGGACAGAAAGAGAGAAUCAAGCAGCUAGAAGAGAAUGGAUAUCCCGCCUACACUACUCAAGCAGGUUGGUUGGGCUACAGCGACGCGACUCUCGAGCAGUUGUGCGGCAAGUACCUCAAGCAAGGGUUCACCCACUUCAAGGUGAAGGUGGGACUGAACUUCGAAGAUGAUUGGCGUCGAUGCAACACCGUGAGGAAGCACAUCGGCAAGGAUAAGGUCCUGAUGGUAGACGCGAACCAGGCAUGGAGCGUGAACGAGGCCAUAGAGUGGAUGAAGAAGCUGGCUCCGCUCAAACCGAUGUGGAUCGAGGAGCCCACGUCACCCGACGAUGUGCUCGGACACGCGGCCAUCUCUGAGGCGUUGAAGCCCUACGGCAUCGGCGUGGCAACGGGCGAGAUGUGCGCUAACCGCGUCAUGUUUAAGCAAUUCCUGCAGAGCGGCGGCAUGCAAUUCUGCCAGAUUGACUCGGCUCGCAUCGGUGGAGUCAAUGAGAUCCUUUCCGUCUAUUUAAUGGCGGAGAAACUGGGCGUAAAAGUAUGCCCUCACGCUGGCGGCGUGGGCCUCUGCGAGAUGGUGCAGCACCUCCAAUACUGGGACUUCGCGAGUCUAUCGGGUACCAUGGAGGGCCGGCUCGUUGAAUACGUCGACCAGCAGCACGAGCACUUCAUCGACCCAUGCAUUGUGGAAAACGCUAAAUAUCUCGCGCCUAAGUUGCCUGGCUACAGCACUCAGUUUAAAAACGGAACAUUAGAAAAGUUCGCUUACCCCAACGGAAGCGAAUGGAAGAAAAUGAUCAAGGAAGGAGUGUUCCCGCCUGCCGAUGAAGCUGAAUUGGUGAACCCUUAGAAA